AUGGCUGGCGCGGACGAAACGCUCGCGGCCGCUGCUGCCAUCCUUCGGGGUCUUGCCCGCGAAACCCCUCGCUCCGGCUCCGCUCCUCCCUUUGAUUUUCCGCUAUCGCACGCUUCAUCUAAUGGCUACGACACCAAGUUCACCAAGCUACCGGGAGAUGCAAGUUCGUCAAAGGCGGCCUUUGAAAAUGAGUUGGAGGCGUUAGUCCGUCGAGUUCAACAACUGGAAUCUCAAGCUGUCAGUCACCAGACUUCCCCCGGAACUUUCCCUGAAUCCUCCCAGUCUUCCCUCAGCUCCACUGAGAGGGAAGCUGACUUCUUGUGGUCUUUUGGACUUUCUCGCUCGUCGUCCCAGCAAGAGGAGGAGAGCGAUGAAGAUGAAGACCUAGACUCGAGGACUCGACUGGUACGCGAGGAGGACAUCAGUUAUCUACGGAACCAUGUUCAGAAACAGGCGGAGGAAAUAAGUUUUCAGAAAGACAUUAUCGCUCAAGUGCGUGAUGAAUUACAACAGCAGGAAGAGCAAACGCGACGGGCUCUGACCAAGGUUGAAAACGAAGAUGUGGUCCUGCUGGAGCGGGAGCUUCGCAAACACCAGCAAGCCAACGAAGCUUUCCAGAAGGCUUUAAGGGAGAUCGGUGGCAUCAUCACUCAGGUCGCUAACGGUGACCUGUCAAUGAAGGUGCAGAUCCAUCCCCUGGAGAUGGACCCCGAAAUCGCUACAUUCAAACGGACGAUCAACACUAUGAUGGACCAGCUGCAAGUGUUUGGUAGUGAAGUGUCUCGAGUCGCACGAGAGGUCGGAACGGAAGGCAUCCUUGGUGGCCAAGCCCAGAUCACAGGGGUCCAUGGUAUCUGGAAGGAGCUUACGGAAAACGUCAACAUCAUGGCCAAGAAUCUCACGGACCAAGUGCGUGAGAUUGCUGUGGUCACAACAGCUGUCGCCCAUGGUGACCUGAGUCAGAAGAUUGAAAGUCGGGCCCAGGGUGAAAUUUUGGAACUGCAGCAGACCAUCAAUACCAUGGUGGACCAACUUCGUACAUUUGCCACAGAAGUUACACGCGUCGCACGUGAUGUCGGUACUGAGGGUGUUCUCGGCGGACAGGCUCAGAUUGAUGGAGUAAAAGGCAUGUGGAACGAACUCACAGUUAAUGUCAACGCCAUGGCGAACAAUUUGACAACCCAAGUGCGGGAUAUCGCUACAGUCACGAAAGCUGUCGCCAAAGGUGAUUUGACGCAGAAGGUCCAAGCCAACUGUAAAGGAGAGAUUGCAGAGUUGAAGAACAUCAUCAAUUCCAUGGUGGAUCAAUUGCGGCAAUUUGCACAGGAAGUCACGAAGAUUGCUAAGGAGGUCGGCACAGAUGGUGUCCUCGGUGGUCAAGCCACGGUCAAUGAUGUGGAGGGCACAUGGAAGGAUUUGACCGAGAAUGUCAACCGAAUGGCCAACAAUUUGACAACACAAGUCAGAGAGAUCGCUGAUGUCACUACCGCCGUAGCAAAGGGUGACCUAACUAAGAAGGUUACUGCAAAUGUCCAAGGUGAAAUACUUGACUUGAAGAGCACGAUCAAUGGCAUGGUGGACCGGCUCAACACCUUUGCCUUUGAGGUCAGCAAAGUCGCGCGUGAGGUCGGCACGGACGGUACUCUUGGUGGUCAAGCCAAGGUGGAUAACGUGGAGGGAAAAUGGAAGGACCUUACCGAUAACGUCAACACUAUGGCUCAGAAUCUGACAUCGCAGGUACGGAGUAUCUCAGAUGUCACUCAAGCCAUUGCCAAGGGUGAUCUCAGCAAGAAGAUUGAAGUGCAUGCUCAGGGAGAGAUCUUGACGCUCAAGGUCACAAUCAAUCACAUGGUUGACCGACUCGCUAAGUUUGCGACUGAGCUGAAAAAGGUCGCCCGUGAUGUCGGUGUUGACGGCAAGAUGGGCGGUCAGGCCAACGUUGAAGGAAUUGCGGGAACGUGGAAAGAAAUCACCGAAGACGUGAAUAUCAUGGCAGAAAACCUCACGUCCCAGGUGCGAGCAUUUGGCGAGAUCACAGAUGCUGCCACCGAUGGCGAUUUCACGAAGCUUAUCACUGUUAAUGCUUCUGGUGAGAUGGACGAGUUGAAGCGAAAGAUCAAUAAGAUGGUUUCCAACCUCCGGGACAGUAUUCAGAGAAACACCGCCGCCAGGGAAGCAGCUGAGCUUGCUAAUCGUACCAAGUCCGAAUUCCUGGCCAAUAUGAGUCACGAAAUCCGUACACCCAUGAAUGGUAUCAUCGGUAUGACGCAGUUGACGUUAGAUACGGACGACCUCAAACCUUAUACCCGCGAGAUGUUAAAUGUUGUGCAUAAUCUUGCAAACAGCUUAUUAACGAUCAUUGAUGACAUACUUGACAUCUCGAAAAUCGAGGCAAACAGAAUGGUUAUCGAAAGCAUCCCAUUCACAGUGAGGGGAACCGUCUUCAACGCACUGAAGACACUUGCGGUGAAGGCAAAUGAGAAGUUCCUUAGCCUGACCUACCAGGUCGAUAACACAGUACCAGACUACGUUACUGGUGAUCCUUUCCGUCUUCGUCAGAUUAUUCUUAACUUGGUGGGCAACGCCAUCAAGUUCACGGAACACGGAGAGGUCAAGCUCACGAUUCGGAAAUCGGACCGCGAACAGUGUGCGGCGAAUGAAUACGCCUUUGAGUUCUCCGUAUCUGACACCGGAAUUGGUAUUGAGGAGGACAAACUUGAUCUAAUAUUCGACACCUUCCAGCAGGCUGAUGGCUCGACAACACGCAGGUUUGGUGGAACAGGCCUUGGUUUAUCUAUCUCGAAACGCUUGGUGAACCUUAUGGGUGGUGAUGUAUGGGUUACGUCUGAGUAUGGCCAUGGUAGCACAUUCCAUUUCACGUGUGUUGUGAAACUCGCCGAUCAGUCCUUGAACGUCAUUGCAUCUCAGCUACUGCCGUACAAGAACCACCGCGUCCUCUUUAUCGACAAAGGGGAGAAUGGUACACAGGCGGACAACGUUAUGAAGAUGCUCAAACAGAUGGACCUGGAGCCAUUGGUCGUCCGUAACGAAGAUCAUGUUCCGCCCCCAGAGAUCCAAGAUCCAUCUGGCAAGGAGUCUGGCCACGCUUACGACGUUAUCAUUGUGGACUCAGUUGGCACGGCACGGUUGCUCCGGACGUUCGAUGACUUUAAAUACGUACCUAUUGUCCUGGUCUGCCCGUUGGUGUGUGUAAGCUUGAAAUCUGCCCUGGACCUUGGAAUCAGUUCGUACAUGACCACACCAUGCCAACCCAUAGAUCUCGGUAAUGGCAUGUUGCCUGCGCUGGAGGGCCGCUCUACUCCUAUUACUACCGACCACUCCCGCUCAUUUGACAUCCUCCUGGCAGAGGAUAACGACGUCAAUCAGAAACUGGCUGUUAAAAUACUGGAAAAACACAACCAUAAGGUCUCCGUCGUCAGCAACGGCCUGGAGGCUGUGGAAGCCGUUAAACAACAUCGGUACGAUGUCAUUUUGAUGGACGUGCAGAUGCCAGUCAUGGGUGGCUUUGAGGCAACAGGUAAAAUUCGUGAAUACGAGAGGGAAUCCGGUCUAAGUCGGACACCAAUCAUCGCUCUUACUGCACACGCUAUGCUGGGCGACCGAGAGAAGUGUAUACAAGCUCAGAUGGACGAAUAUCUCUCGAAGCCACUGAAGCAGAACCAAAUGAUGCAGACCAUUCUUAAGUGUGCUACACUUGGUGGUUCGCUUUUAGAGAAGAGCAAGGAAUCACGAAUCUCAAGUAGCGGCGAGAUGCAUCCGGUCCAUCACGGCUCCGACGGCAAAGGCUCACGUCCGGGCAUGGAAGGUAGAUCUAUCACUGCAUCAAGCACCGUCAACCGAGGUAGCCUUGCAAGCCCCAGUGUCGAGAAGGCUGAGGAUCUUUCCAUGGAGCGGGCAUUGCUGCGGUCCAAUAGCUCGUGA